CCGGAUCCCCUGCUCGGCUUCGACUGCCGUUCCCCGUGCUCGCGUUAUCUCCCUCCUCUCUGCCGCAGCUCGCUGAGUCCCUCUGUUUCCUCCCAUGGCACGGGGUUCCCUGCAGGCUGCUCGCGGCACCCAUCUCCUCUGCUCGACCGCGAGCUCGCUCCCUGGUCAUGCCGCUCCCUCGCCUAAUCGUGGUCGCGCGCGCGUGUGCCUUCUCUUGGUGGUGCUCGACUCCGGCCUCAGGCAGCCACGUCCGUUGUCGUCGGGCAUGCUAGCCGUCGUGGCUCCCCUUGUGCGCUGUCCUUGCUGCUCGCUCUGCGCGCACGGUCCUCUGUCCCCUGCGCGUAGCCGGUUUCUCGGUUCGCCGUGGAGCCUGCGCGCUCAGUUCUGUCCAGUUCGUGUCCUGCUCGGCCGUCCGCGCGACACGUCAUCCAUGGCCGCUGUCCGUCGUCGAGUCCCUACGUGCGCACCAGCUCCCUGUGUCGCGUUCCAUUCACCUAAACCGGAGUUCGCCAGUCGUCCCUGCUUGUCGGUGUGCUGCUGCUCUAGUUUGGAUCUUGCCCAAGUCGCUGCCAUGGUUGUACGGUGUUUGGCCCGCGCCGAUUCGCGUUCGCUCAUAUCGCCAUCAUAGUGUUGUCGUUGGUGAUAGCUUCGCGUGCGUGUCAAACUCCUGCGUCGAGUCUUUUUCCUGCUCGCCGGUGCGCCCUCUCGGCUCGCUUGGCCUUAAUUCUCAUCGCGUCAUCGAUUCCGCUGGUCAGCGUCGUUCGUCAUCGUGUCGCGUGUGUAGCUCUAUAUACGUCACCCUCCUGUGUCGUCGUCGUUCCGUGCGUCAUCAAGAAAUUCCAAGAAUCGAGUGAAGACGAAGCCAGCAGCGUGAUAUUCACCAAGUGCGCGACCAAAAAGCUCGGACAUCCUGCGCGACUCAAGUUCAAUUCGUCGAAAUUAUUCAAUCGAAGAAAAGAUCUUCAGCAAUUAAUUACCGAAGAAAAGAAGGCUCCUGUAUGACAUCAACCGGAACCCGUAGUCGUGCUUGCGACUAUCGCGUCGAAUUAGUCAGGGUAAGUUGGUUCGUAUUCCCAUUAACUAGGUCUAUAAAUAGAUUAAAUAGAAUUGUUGGUCACAAUAAAUAUUAUUAAUUUAGCAUGCGUAUAUUGUGAUGAUUGAUUUAGAUAACUCGCUAAAUCAACUAAUUAAGUUACACAGUUUAGAGAGUUAAUAAAAAGCUUAGAAUAAAAAUAGAUUUUCUAGUGUAAUAUGUCAAUUUGAUUAAUGGAUAUAGUCGAUGUCCUGCUGUGAUAUCCAUGGUGCUUAAUGCUUGGUUUUAAGUGUUUCAUGCUUUUUAGCGUAGAUUAUCUAUAUUAUACUCGUUAUACAUGUGCUCAUACAUGUGCAUCAUGCAUCUCAUGAGGUACGAUAAAUAAUCGUGUGACGCGGAAGAAGAACCAAGCCGACCCCAAGCGUGGGCUAAUCUGCAAGCUGAAGCUGAUGAAUCAACCUGAAGACGGUUAAA